AUGGCGGAACGGUUACCCACCUCGUCCUCUUCAGGACGCAGGCGACGCGAAGGCGACGCUUCUAUCGGAGACUUUGUUAUUGGAGGCGAAAUCGGCAAGGGCAGUUUUGCCCAGGUGUACAGCGGUCACCACAAGAGCUCCAGGGCAACCGUCGCUAUCAAAUCAGUAGAGAUGGGACGCUUGAACAACAAGCUGCGAGAGAACUUGUACGGAGAGAUCCAGAUCCUCAAGACUCUGCGCCACCCGCACAUCGUCGCCCUCCAUGACUGCGUCGAAUCAGCCACACACAUCAACCUGGUGAUGGAAUACUGUGAGCUUGGUGACUUGUCAUUGUUCAUCAAGAAGAGGGACAAGCUUAGCACCAACCCUGCAACACACGAGAUGGCGAGGAAGUACCCCGUUACCCCUAAUUCGGGUCUUCACGAGGUUGUCACACGCCAUUUCCUCCAACAGCUCGGCAGUGCCCUCAAGUUCCUGCGAGAGAAGAAUUACGUUCACCGCGACGUCAAGCCUCAGAACCUCUUGCUCCUACCAUCACCAAGGUUCAGGGAGGCACACUCCCGCCCGAUCUUGACCGCCAGCCAGGAUUCACUGAUUCCCAAUGCCGGUCUCGCUUCUCUUCCGAUGCUGAAGCUCGCAGAUUUCGGCUUCGCUCGUGUUCUCCCAUCAACGUCGCUCGCCGACACUCUCUGCGGUUCUCCCCUCUACAUGGCCCCAGAAAUCCUUCGCUAUGAGCGGUACGACGCGAAGGCCGACCUGUGGUCUGUAGGCACGGUGUUAUACGAGAUGAUUACUGGUCGUCCGCCAUUCCGUGCCCGGAAUCACGUAGAGCUCUUGCGAAAGAUCGAAGCUGCCGAAGAUCGGGUUAAGUACCCGAAGGAGCUCGUGGUCAGUAAGGAGCUGGUCAAGCUCAUCGGCAAGCUUCUCACUCGUAAUCCGGUCGAACGCAUGAGAUUCGAAGACUUCUUCAAUGAUCCAAUCUUGACAGAACCAAUUCCAGGCACUGUUGAAGAUGAUGCACCCCCAAAGCCUGAGGCAAAGGCCUCGCGCGAUCUGCGAUCUCUCGGCAGGUCCGAUUCCACGUCAUCAUUAUCACGUCGGCUCUCACUUCGCCGGCAAACAGAGAACGAGCCUGUACGUGAGCAGGGCGAGCCAGCAAAAUCGCCUCGUGAGAAACCUCUGAGAUCGCCAAAAUUGCCCAGUCCCAUCGAAGGGCGAGCCCAGCAGGCUAUUGAUGCUGCGCCCCGUCCAGCUCUCAACCGACCUUCUGCACGAGCCUCUGCCUCACCGCCGACAUCGUACUUGAACGAUAAUCCGGCAAGGAACCGACUGCGUCCAGUCACUGAGCGGAGUGUCACUGAACAGGAGAAGGCGGCACAGGACGUGGCAUUUGAGCGAGACUAUGUUGUGGUCGAAAAGAAGCACGUUGAGGUAAACGCGUUUGCGGAUGAAAUGGCCGCUAACCCACGUCUCACGUCACUCUCACCAAAAACUGGCCAGAUGAUCCGCCGAGCAACGCAACAAGGACCGCCUACCUCGACGACUGGUGCUGGCCGAGUCCAGCCAUCCAGUGCAGUUCAAAUCGCUUCAGGCAAGGGGCGUCCCGGUCAUGAGAGCCGCGAUUCGUACGACGGGAAGAACUUCUCCGCCAGCCCGACAACUCAAGGCUUUAUCGCCAAAGCGAUUUCAGACGCCAGCGUACGAUUGUUCGGAUUCAAGGUCCCACAGCAUGUGUUGGGCGGGAAGGGGGCGUCUCCUCCUUUAUACAGCCCAUUCCCUGCCUACCCUACCCCUUCCGGUCCAGUCGGCCUCAUCGGCGAUGGAAAGCAAAACGCACCGGCCGACGAAGACGCACGAGCUGUCAAGCUAAUUCAGGAUUUCGCUCACCGAAGUGACUGCGUCUAUGGAUUUGCCGAAGUCAAGUACAAGCAGCUUUUCCCUCUCGCCCCGUCAAUGGAGCACGGACUCGGUGGUACGCCGACUGAUCAAAUCACUGGCGAUGAAGACGGCCUCACAAUCGAUGCUGAGGUUUCCUUGUCUGAGGAGGCUCUGGUCCUGUACGUCAAGGCUCUGACGCUGCUAGCUAGAGCCAUGGACGCUGCAAGCCUAUGGUGGUCACAAAAAACGCGUGGCGAUACAACAUCUGCGGCAGAGGUUUCCAAAGAGGGCCUCGCUCAGCGCAUCAACUCCACCGUUCAAUGGGUUCGCACUCGCUUCAACGAAGUCUUGGAGAAGACCGAGGUCGUCCGGAUGAAACUCAUUGCCGUUCAGCAGAAGCUUCCUGAGGAUCAUCCCAGUCACCCGAGCAACCACGGUGGAGUCUCGGCUUCGUCGGCUACUUCAAGCACUCCCGAUGUCUACCUUACGCCAGGCAUUAGUGCGGAGAAGUUGAUGUACGACCGAGCCAUUGAAAUGAGCAGAACAGCAGCCAUUGAUGAAAUUACCAACGAGAACCUUGAGGGUUGCGUUACGUACUAUGUCACGGCGAUUCGAAUGCUGGAGGCUGUCCUGGACAACGACGAAGACGCAGUCAAGCGGCGCUACUCUAGCUCAGGCAAGGAGUUGCCUCGCGAGGAGACCUCUAGCGAUCUGGACAGCGACGACCAGCUGGCCGUGAAUCGAAUGAUUCAAAUGAUUACUGCACGUCUCUCAACUGUCCGCAAGAAGAUGGCCAUGAUUGCAGAGGCGUCGAGGUCGCAGCAAGCCGCGCAGCUCCAAGGCCGCAGACGUAGCGGAGAUGUGACGCCUCGCAGCGUGCCAUCGCAUGCAUCGUAA